AUGCAAGAUGCCAAAGCUGUGGCAACGCCUAUGGCUUCUUCUCCUCGACUUACAAGAUCAGGUACACAACAUUCCAACCCAAAAGAGUUUCGUCAGCUCGUUGGAAGUCUACAGUACUUGUCUUUCACACGGCCUGAUGUUGCAUAUGCUGUAAACAAGCUCUCACAAUUCAUGCAAUUCCCUACUUGUGAUCAUUGGCAAGCUGCCAAAAGAGUGUUACGUUACUUAGCGGGCACAGCAACACAUGGUCUCUUCAUCAGCCGUUCAACCAACCUCACUGUUCACGUGUUUACAGAUGCUGACUGGGCAGGUGAUCCCUCAGACUACAUCUCAACAAAUGGCUACAUUGUUUACCUUGGUGAUCAGCCAAUAUCGUGGUCAUCUAGAAAGCAAAAGGGGAUUGCAAGAUCUUCAACCGAGGCUGAGUAUAGAUCCAUCGCAAACACGGCUUCAGAAGUUCGUUGGCACCUAGCACUUGAUUACCAUUACAUACGAGAGCAAGUUCAGGCAGGACAACUACGGAUUGCACACAUUUCAACACAUGAUCAGCUCGCGGACGGCCUAACCAAACCUCUCACAAGAUCACAGUUCCCUGCUACACGACACAAGAUUGGAGUUUCGCAACCACCUCCAUCUUGA